GGGGGGCCGCAGCAGCAGCACCGCCUCCACCACCACCGCCACCAUCCCCCGCACCACAACCACCAGCUCAACGGCCUCAUCAGCCCCGAGCUGCGGCACCUGCGGGCCUCCCUCAAGAGCAAGAUCCUCGGCUCGGAGGCAGGGGCAGCCCCCGAGGGGCUGGAGAACAAGCGAGCCAGCAAAACAAUGGGCUCCGGACAGCAGCAGUCAUCGCCCCCGACUACGGCACCGUGCUCGCCCUCCCUCACCAACCACCUCCCUCCCCAGGGAAGGACUGCACCCUCUCCUCCUCCUUCUCCCCCAGCAGCAGCAGCGGCGAGAGGGGACAGGAGCCAGCCUGCUGCCACAGCUACGACUGCUGCUAAGACUGCAGCCCGCAAUGGACUGGCAGGAGGGACUGGCUUGGAGGAGGAAGAGCAGGAGGAGGGGGAUGAAGGAGGGGAGGAGGAGGAGUCCCUGCUGCUACUCUCCAGGUCCUUAGCAGCAGCUUGCAGUUUGAAAGGCUCGGGAACGGACUCUCAGCCCGAGGAGGACCUAACGAUACGAUACGUCCGAUAUGAGUCAGAGCUGCAGAUGCCCGAUAUCAUGAGACUGAUCACCAAAGAUCUGUCUGAACCCUACUCCAUUUACACAUAUAGGUAUUUUAUCCACAACUGGCCACAACUUUGCUUUUUGGCCAUGGUAGGUGAGGAGUGUGUAGGUGCCAUCGUCUGCAAGCUGGAUAUGCACAAAAAGAUGUUCCGCAGAGGUUAUAUAGCCAUGUUAGCAGUGGAUUCCAAAUACAGAAGAAAAGGAAUUGGUACAAACUUGGUUAAGAAAGCUAUUUAUGCUAUGGUUGAAGGAGAUUGUGAUGAGGUUGUAUUGGAAACAGAAAUCACAAAUAAGUCUGCUUUGAAACUUUAUGAAAACCUCGGGUUUGUGCGAGACAAGAGGCUGUUCAGAUACUAUUUAAACGGAGUCGAUGCACUGCGCCUGAAACUGUGGCUGCGUUAGGAGAGACCACCCCAUUGAGCAACUGACGCCCCAGCAGCAGAGUUGUCCCUUGCAUGCAAUGCAAUUUGCAGAGAAUUGCUUUGCAGGAGGACCUGGUAAUCCCCACGCAGCUCUUUCUGUCAGUGUCUCAUUGAGUGUCGCACAUACUCGUUGCACUUUGGCAUGGCGCGUUUGUUCUGAAUUAAACCCGAGCCUUUCAGGCUUCCCAGUUCCUUUUGGUACCAGGAGGAUGUGCCAGUUUAUAGCCAAGAUAUGUUCAUUCAUUUACAAGUCUACUGACUGUAUUACACACACACAGUGAACAUUUUAUCAGAGAACCUGUACGUGGAACAACGCGACUUUUGGUUCCAGAAAAAAAAACACAAAAAAAGCCAAUGUAGAUUGUAAAAUUCUAUAAGUAUACUAACAUUUCAUACAAAAAAAAAAAAAAAAUUGCCAUAGUUUUCUGGGAAAAGGCUUCAAUUUUAGGUUUUAUUUUUCAAUAUUGAAUUUUUCCAUUCUUAAAUAUUGGUACCUCAGUGAUUAGUGAAUGAAAAAAAAUGUAUUGUAGGGUGGGGUGUGUGUUACAAUGAGUAACAGUAACAAUUAAAUUGCGUCUGCCAGUGCCUGUAUAGAUAAGUAUAAUUGUCUUCACCUCUCAGUUUGGAGUGCAUGCUUUUAUUCUUUUACUUUCUUCAAUUGUCUUUGCAAGAACAAUUUCUGCUUUUAUUUAAAUUCUGGUUUUGAUAAUAAAUUAUUUCAGAUUUUUAUAAUUUGGAUACUUCUCCCAAACGAGGGUUUUGGAAGGCCCUUCUUUUCUUAUAGCAAGAAGUGUAAGCUAUUUUGAAAACCUGGAGUAGCUGCUAAAAGAGAACCUGAUGCCACCAGGAAAUCUCUGCUGGUUUUGGAUGCACUUUUUUCGUUAAAAGAGCGAGGGACUUUUAAAAGAAGAUAUAGAAAAUUAAUGUAAAUUGGUAUGAUUUUAUUUAAUCAAAUUAUUGCUAGAAGCUCUGAAAAACAGCUAUUUUAAGAUAGUUGGAACAAUUUUUUUUUUUCUCUCAGAUUGCUUUUCUUCGGUGUUCUAAAAUGCUUCAAUCUUUGGUUCUUGGUCUUGGAAAUAAAUUUCAAG